GCUCAUGGUAGGCCCAAAUGAAUCCUCACACCCAGAAUUUGGGUUCGAGAAAAAGAGGUAAAUAAAACGGGGAGACGAGGGUACGAUGGUCUUCCAGCACAUAAAGUGGAGAGAGGAAGCGGAAAAGCCACGCAUGGGUUUUUACAAUUCCAUGGCCAUAUUUUAAAAAAGUUUGGUUUGAAUCAUUGCAGUUUUCAUUUCCCAUCAUUUCCCUCCAGUUUUUCCACAUGCACGCUUCCCAUAUCCGUAUUUUUUUUAAUGGAAAAUAUGACCCAGCAUUAAUUUUAUUUUUAUUUUUCCCCGCUCCACCACAUACCGAUACCAGUGCAGUACCACUCUAAAGCCUCUUACAAUUUCUCCAAUUUCUGGAGAAAAAAAAAAAAAAACCCAAAACCUCUCCUUAUCCGCUGCACACUCUCUCUAGGGUUUCUCCGUUUCUCCUCGAGAUUUCAGGUUGCCUUGAUAUGGAUUCUACAGGGCAGGCAUACCAACAUCGCCCCCUUACGAUCAAAUUAUGGCCUCCUAGUCGGAGUACUAGGCUAAUGCUUGUAGAGCGGAUGACAAAGAACCUUACAACUCCGUCAAUUUUCUCUAGAAAGUAUGGACUGCUUAGCAUAGAAGAGGCUGAGGAGGAUGCAAAGCAAAUUGAGGAUGUAGCUUUUGCUACUGCAACUCAACAUUUUGAGAAGGAGCCUGAUGGUGACGGGAGUUCUGCUGUGCAAAUCUAUGCCAAGGAAUCGAGCAAGCUUAUGUUGGAGGUUUUGAAAAGGGGUCCAAGAGUGAAGGAGGAUGGAGAGUUGAUAUCUGAGAAGGUUAGUGCUACUGCUGAAACUGUUUUUGACAUAUCUGGGGGUGCCAGAAACUUUAUUGGUGGGGAGGAAGCUGCAGAAGUUUUGAAACCAUUGAGGGCACCGAACUCUUAUACCAAGAUAUGUUUCAGCAAUAGAAGUUUUGGCUUGGAUGCUGCCCGUGUUACUGAACCCAUCCUAAUAUCAGUUAAGGAUCAAUUGAAAGAGGUGGAUCUUUCAGAUUUUAUUGCUGGAAGACCAGAAGCGGAAGCUCUUGAAGUGAUGACUAUAUUUUCGUCAGCACUGGAAGGUUGUGCUUUGAGGUAUCUGAACCUCUCAAAUAACGCUUUGGGUGAAAAGGGGGUUAGAGCGUUUCGGUCACUCCUAAAAUCACAAAAUAACUUGGAGGAGCUCUAUUUGAUGAAUGAUGGUAUAUCAGAGGAAGCUGCAAAAGCAGUUUCUGAAUUGCUUCCUUCCACUGAGAAACUUAAGGUUCUUCAGUUCCAUAAUAAUAUGACUGGAGAUGAAGGAGCAGUUGCUAUUGCUGAAAUUGUGAAACGUUCCCCAGCUCUGGAAGAUUUUCGGUGCUCGUCUACUAGAGUAGGCUCUGAUGGUGGAGUUGCCCUUGCUGAAGCACUUGGGGCUUGUAAGCAUUUGCGGAAGCUUGACUUGCGUGACAACAUGUUUGGUGAAGAAGCUGGAGUCGCUCUUAGUAAAGUUAUUCCUGCAUUUGCAGAUCUUACAGAGAUAUACCUCAGUUAUUUGAACUUGGAGGAUGAUGGUGCAGAGGCCAUUGUUAAUGCCCUUAAGGAAUCUGCACCAUCACUGGAAGUUUUGGAUUUGGCUGGGAAUGACAUUACUGCAAAAGCUGCUGCUUCUGUGGCUGCCUGUAUAUCAUCAAAACAAUUCCUGACCAAGUUAAAUUUGUCUGAGAAUGAACUGAAGGAUGAAGGUGCAGUUUUGAUCAGCAAGGCACUGGAAGGAGGUCACGGCCACUUAAAUGAAGUCGAUUUGAACACAAACUCAAUCACAUGGUCAGGAGCUAGGCUGUUGGCUGAAGCUGUUGUGCAAAAACCAGGUUUUAAGUUGCUAAACAUUAAUGCUAACUUCAUUUCUGAAGAUGGGAUUGAAGAGUUGGAGAAUAUAUUUAAAAACUCACCUGAUAUCCUGGGUCCUCUUGAUGAGAAUAAUCCUGGUGGAGAAGAUACUGACGAGGAGGCUGAAGAAGAUGCUGAUCACAAUGAAUUGGAGUCAAAACUGAAGGGCCUCGGGAUUUAGGAAGAUUCAUAGGAACAAACAUGCAACUUCAGAUUUAUUUGUAGGCCUAUUAAUAUUUUUCGUGUCGUACUUGUUUCAGGCACAAUAGCUAGCUUUAAUCUUUGUAUUUUAGAUAUUCUAUUCCAUGAUUGACAUUUAAAAGUUUACCAGAUAUACACUCUUAAUAUAUCUGGCCAAACAAGAAAUGGUAUUAGCUGCAGAAUUUUUUGGGCUCUAUUAUGCCCUUGCUGGCACUUUAUUUUCUGA